AUGUUAUUACAAGCGGCACAGCUUUCUGUGCGUUAUAUUUAUUCAAACUUUACUAUCAUAACUUGGCUGAUAACAGGUAUAAUUUUGCUUUAUUAUCUUCUUUUGUUUCCGUUUUUUAUAUCGCCCUUAAGAAAGAUCCCGGGACCAUAUUUCAAUCGAAUUUCUGGGUUUAGAGCUUUGAACAGGCAACGGACGUUCAACUGGAUAUCAAGUGUUCAUGAAUGGCAUCGUAAAUAUGGUCACGUCAUUAUACUUUCGCCAAAUGAAAUAAGUGUCGAUGGAAAUUCACUGUUUAUUAAUGAUAUUUAUAUCAAAAAUUUCCCUAAAUCUUCAUUUUACGAAAACUUUAGAAAUCAUGGAUUUAAAGACAAUAUAUUUGCAAGUUUAGAGAAUGAUAGGCACUUGAGGUACAAAAAACUCAUAAUGGGAUUGUAUAGCAAGAGCGCUAUAUUUUCUAAGACCAAUAGAAUAAGAAGCAUUUUGGUUCAGAAGACAGCUUAUCUUGUGAAGGACAUUUAUACGAGUUCAGUAACAGCUGAAGUUCCAGAUAUAAUUAAUGCUAAAUCUGAAUUGAAUGAAUUUGGGAUGGGCCAUGAAAAAAAAGAUGGAAAGUGGUUCAACCCGUCUGGAAAGGCAAGGAAUAUCGGUAUAGAUGUGUACUCCUUGUUUGCGUCACUUGCAAUGGAUGUCGUAUCUUCUUUUGAAGUUGGAAAAGAUAAUGGGACUGAUUUUUUAAAUCAUCCAGCACAGAGACAUAUGAUCAUCAAGCAUAGAAUACAAGCUUCCAUGGUUUUCUGGACGACAUUAAUGCCCCGAUUUUGGAACUGGGCUGCCUCUAAGUCCGUGCUAGAAGCGCUGAAAGAAGUUGAGGAAUGGCAAUUGAAUCUCUAUAAUAACGCAGAAAAAAACGUCCCGAAAUUUAACGAUGAUGAAAAUAUGACGACCUUGGAAACUUUGAAAAAAAAUGGAUUCAAGGGUACCAAUGCGUAUACAUUCUUAUCUGAUAACAUAUUUGCUGGUCAUGAAACUACAGCGAUUCUGCUUGCUUAUUUGACUUAUGAAUUGUCACGUCCUGUGAACUUUUCCAAGCAGGAAUUAUUGCACCAGGAACUAUAUCGAACGUUUGGAAAACCCUCAACAGUGGAAGACAAUAUUGACGACUUAGAAGCAGUUGAUAAGCUACCGUAUCUUUCAGCAUUGUUAGACGAGAAUCUACGAGUGCAUGCUUCAAUUCCUGGUGCAGAACCUAGAAUUGUAGAUAGACCGUAUAACGUCAAGCUUGAAGAUGGAAGCCAAAUUAAAAUUCCUCUUGGUACCACCAUUUCUUGUCAGGUCUACUCGAUGCAUAGAAACUCUACUGUUUUCCCUGAUCCCUACAGAUUCAUACCUGAAAGAUGGCUUAAGUACGAUAACGAAUCUGAGUCAAACUAUAGCAGAAGAAUCACUAAACAACAAAAACACAUGAUGCCCUUUGGUAAGGGAAUCAGAAUGUGUCUCGGAAUGAACAUUGCGCUUAUUGAAAUGAAACUUGCUAUCGCCAACUUGUACUGGCAUUUUAAUUCCAAGAUCUGCCCGGAUUGGUGCAAAAUCACAGAAUAUGAAGAUGACGAUAAAUCUCCUAGACCUAUAGAAAUAGGGGUUCAAAAUAUGGGCAAUAAUGUUACUGAUGAGGAGAAGAUGGUAAUGAACGAUGCUUAUACAACAAGGCCAAUUAACGAUGAAUGCUGGCUUGAAUGGUAUGAAAAUUCGUAG